GACCCCAUCAGGCAGAGGACAGAACCCCCACCCAGCUUUUGUCUGAGGGCAUGACCCCACCCAUGGACCGGGUUGUCCAUCCCAGAUAGCCCUGGCUGUGGGCUCCAGCAGGGAGAGUAGGCGCACCAGCACUCCCACCCCGGUUAGGGCUGCCCGGACCCCGAGCUGAGACUCCUUCACAGUUCAUCCGUAUGGCGAGCUCUGCCUCCCCUCAACCCGCAAAGGGUGACGGGGAAGGUUGCUSUCUGCUCUGGGGAAGAAGGGACCGUCAUCACUGCGGUGCACCCCUAAAUAUCCUGAGGGUGCUGAGGGUGGGCUGGGGCUGGCGCAGCUGUGCCGGGCAGGUCUGGCUCUAACCCGGAGCCCAGCGAUGCUGAAGUGCACAGGGCUGCGCGGGGGACACCUGCCCACCCGAAAGUCCCACGGGGGUGGGAACGGCACCCACAGCCACGGCACAGCAGUGACCUCCAUGUCCCCCCGCCGCAAUCCCUUCUCCCUCCCCGGCCAGGACUGUGAAGACUUUGAGAAAUGCUGCACCAACGUGUGUGGGCUGCGGAGCUGCGUGGCAGCGCGCUUUGCCGACGGCAGCGUUCCGGCGCUGGCGCUGGCGCCCGCCGCCUCCUGCGAGAGCUUCGUGUGCGCGCAGCAGGGCUCCGACUGCGACAUCUGGGACGGGCAGCCCGUCUGCAAGUGCAAGGACCGCUGCGAGAAGGAGCCCAACUUCACCUGUGCCUCCGACGGCCUCACCUACUACAACAAGUGCUACAUGGACGCCGAGGCGUGUCUGCGCGGCACCCGCCUCACCACCGUGCCCUGCAAGCACAUCUUCACCUGGCCUGACACCAGCCCGGUGCCGCAGGAGACCACGGCGCGCCCCACGCCCGGCGCCGGCCCCGAGGUGCCGGUGCCCCCCGCCCUCUAUACCAACCCCUUCCACCAGUCCGUGCGCGCCGGCGGCACCGUCAGCUUCCGCUGCGACGUGAGCGGCCGCCCGCAGCCCGACAUCACCUGGGARAAGCAGAGCGAGCGGGAGGAGAACUUCAUCAUGCGGCCGGACCAGAUGUACGGCAACGUGGUGGUCACCAACAUCGGCCAGCUGGUCAUCUACAACGCCCGCUACGAGGACGCCGGCAUCUACACCUGCACGGCCCGGAACGCCGCCGGGCUGCUCCGCGCCGACUUCCCGCUGUCGGUGGUCAGGCGGGAGCCGGGGGGGACCCCGCGGACCGGCAGCCCCCAGCCCUUCCCCAGCGCCGAGUGCCUGAAGGAGCCGGACCGGCGGCGCUGCGAGGCCACGGAGGUGCGCUGGCACUUCGAUGCCAAGCAGGGCUCCUGCCUCACCUUCCGCUACGGCGGCUGUGGGGCAAACAGGAACCACUUCGAGACGUACGAGGAGUGCCGAGCCGCCUGCCUGGGCAGCGCCCGCCCCACCUGCCUGCUGCCUAUGGUGCAGGGGCCCUGCCAGAACUGGGAGCCGCGCUGGGCGUACAACCACCUGCUGAAGCAGUGCCACUCCUUCGUCUACGGCGGCUGCGAGGGCAAYACCAACAACUUUGAGAGCAAGGAGACCUGCGAGGACGUGUGCCCUUUCCCCAAGAACCUACAGUGCAAGGCAUGCCGUCUGAAGAGCAAGAUGGUGCUGAGCCUCUGCCGCAGCGACUUCGCCAUUGUGGGGCGGCUGAUGGAGAUCGUGGAGGACCAGGACUCYGGCAUCGCCCGCUUCGCCCUCGAGGACGUCCUCAAGGAUGAGAAGAUGGGCCUCAAGUUCUUCAACAUUAAGUACCUCGAGGUGACCUUGACUGACAUGGACUGGAGCUGCCCCUGCCCCAACAUGACAGCGGAGGACGGGCCUCUGAUCAUCAUGGGCGAGGUGCACGACGGAAUGGCCACGCUGGACCCCAGCAGCUACGUCCGGGCAGCCAACGACAAACGGGUGAAGAAAAUCUACGAGCUGAUGGAGAAGAAAACCUGCGACCUCCUGAACCGCUUCCAGGACUAGCGGAGAGCCGGGAUGCGCCGCCGGGGGGAGCUGCAAGACACCAUGGAGGGGGCAACCUGGGCGAGCCCCUGCAGCAGCGCCUGUAUCUCGAGGUUACCACUGACAUGUAGCGGCCCCCAAGCCCAUGCUGAGCCCCAGACCAGCUCCCACCUCCCCUGUAAUUUAUCUGCCGCGUGUUCCCCCCCCCCGUCCCCCCCCCACCCCCAGCCUGUGUAGCAGCAAUAGGGAACUGAGUUGGAUUGCAGAGGAGUGGGAGAUCUGCCAGGACCACCCCACUCACAAAUCUUCCCACCUCACCAAAGCCUCUGGGCCCAGUGUAGCACCCUGGUGCUGGACAUGACCCCUUCACCGGUGUUGGAAGUGGAACUGGGGACCCCCACCCAAAGGAUUUGUGCUGAAAACAUCGGGGAGGUGCUGGGURUGGAGGGCAAAGCCACAGUUUAUUGGGGGGCAGCAGUAUAAUCCUGGGGAGGGGGGAAGGGGGCAGGCCCUCUGCCAUUGGCACAGCAUCCUCGGAGGAAAUGGAGCAAGGAGCCUCCCCCAUGCCCCAUGCCCGGGGUGCUGUGUCCCCUCCCCCACACCUGUGUCCUCCCCCGUGGCAGCUGCGAUGGUUCCUGUGGUCCAGGCUGGCGCACCCCACKGCAAAGGAAGCCCCAAAGGCACCGGGGGUGAUGGACACCCCAGCCAAGUCAGCCCCAGCUGGGGUGAGAGGGGCCCUGUCCCGUCACUACUGUCCCCAGCCCCACUGGCAGCCAUGGCGGGACAGUGACACCCCUUGAA